AUGGGAGAAUUCGAAUUGAUUUCGUGCGAUGGGCUUCGACUUUCAGGUUACGAUUGGUCUCCAGAGCACCAUCAAUCAGCACCAAUUGCGGUCGUUAUACUUCUACACGGUCUAGCCGAACAUAGUGGCCGGUACGAACACGUAGCACAGUUUUAUAAUGAAAACAAUAUUGCUGUCGUUACAAUGGAUCUUCGAGGACACGGUCUAAGUGAAGGAGCGCAUGUAUAUAUUCCAACAAGUGAAUCGAUGUUCGAAGACAUUGAUUUAUUGGUCCGAGAAGCGCGAGUUCGAUAUCCAUCAUGUCCCGCUAUUCUUUAUGGACAUUCGAUGGGUGGAAAUUUAGCAUUGUCUUAUACACUCAGUCGCUAUUCCGAUCCAGAUGUCAAAUGUCCGUAUCAAGCUGUACUUGUCUCGAGCCCGUGGAUACGUUUAGCACGGAAACUUCAACCACCACGUCCCAUCAAUGCCUUAAUUCGAACUGUAGGACGAUUGAAUCCAUCAUUAAAAGUUCCACUUCGAUUCGAUCCACGAAUUAUCACACGUGAUGAAAGUGUUGCAAAUGCCUAUCACGAAGAUCCUUUGAUUCGUCGAUCAGCGACCUUAUCACUUGCGCAUCAAAUCGGCGGUAUGGCUACGAUGCUUGACCGAACAGCUUGUACGUUUCAUAUUCCCGUUUUGAUCCAACAUGGUACUGCAGAUAAUCUAACGAGUCACAAUGCCAGUUCAAGAUUUGCUAAUCGAGGAACAAAUAUACAAUUUAAAAGCUGGCCGGAUUGUUAUCAUGAAUUGCACAAUGAACCUGAAAGAGAAGAAAUCUUUGAUUUUACAUUAAAUUGGAUUUAUGAUAUUGUGUUAUCUUAA